GUUCGACCCACUUUUCUUCUAAUGCCAAUUGGUUAAGAAGCUUUUCCCCUGGGGUUGUGAUAGGAUUUGCUUUUGGGGCAAGGAGAAAAAUAAGCCUCUCUCUUUUAGUAUUCAAACUUCAUUUUAUGCAGCAGUAUAUUUGCCCAGUAAAAUGUUGCAUCAGUAUAAACCAGGGCAACACCGGGAACAGGAGAAAUCAGGCCACAGCAUGCAGUAGAAAAGCUGAUUUGCAUACUGCAGCUUUGUGCAAGAUCUAGCUUUGUAUUGCAAAAAUGAUUUGAAAUAAACAAUACACCAUGCAGGCUUAAUCUAUACGGGCCACCACUGAUACCAUGGCUCAGACUACAAGCGGAUGUGUGUCAUUGACAAGUCCUUCUGCACACUUAAGAAGGCAGCCAGUGGGACGUCACUUCAGCUCUGUGACGAGAAUGCUGAUGAUGUGCAAAAGCAAAGCUGCUGCACACACUGAUGUCUGGAAGGGGGUUCAUUUGAAAGAGAAUUUGCAUGCAAUAAUAGGCAGUCCUGGUUUUUUUUUUUUUUUUUUUGUCUGCAUGCCAUUUAAAAAUGUGACAAGCAUAAUUGCAUUAUUCUGGACAAAGACAAUUAGGCACUUUGUUAAUGCCCUGUAUUCAUCUAUACAUGCUGUCAGUGAGCUGAAUUGAUGAGCUGACUUGAUGACUGAGAAGCCUAGAGAGAUGGAUUGCUUGUGACCCAGCAUCACUCCACAUGCAAGCUAAUGACAUCAUUGUGUUUUUGUGCUCAUAGGCUGCUCCUGCACAUGCUGUCCUCCUCUACAAGCUCCCCUACUGCUUCAGCUGUGUGGCUCGUUCUCAGUGUGUUUUUCUGACCUUCUUCGGCCAUGCCUUUUCUCCUUUGUGUUUAAAUCCUCCAUUUGAUGGCGUGCAGCUUGGAUACAUGUUGCAGCGCCGCACCUCCCUCCCUGUCUCUGACUCAGUCAGGAUAUUUAUAGCCAGACUCCUGCACCCUGGAGAGUUAAGACAGACCAAGUCCUCAUGUGUAAUGCACAAAUAGAAGCAGUGGCUAAUCAAUAACUAGGCUUGCUAUGUGGGUAAUUAUUCUAAGCAUAUUCUAGGAACAGCAAAAGCACAAUAACAUGCUAUUUAUUUGUCAUUAUAUUGGAAAAUGUAAGGAAUAAAACAGUUCAGGAUGUGCUGUUAUAAUGACGGGGUGGUGCGAAGCUGAGUUACCACCCUAAAGUUGAUUAUGUUCCAAUAGCAGCACAUAAUGAAGUCUUUUAUUCUUAUUAUACCACAGCAAUUUGCAAAUGAUUGCAAUUUUCAGUUUAUUAAUGAACAUGUCAUAUUGUUUAUUCUAGAUUUAUUUAAUCUGGGCGCUAAUUGAGUGUUUAUUUCUCUAUUUGGAAAUUUCUCCUUUUUCCACAAUGAUGAGCGAGCACUCUCUUCCUUCACCUUGGCAAGGGUCAAGACUUGAUCGAUAAACCUGCAAAAUGCAAAUGUAAACUCGUUUAAUGAACUUUUAUAAGAAAUGAAUUGUAUUCUCUGCAUGAUAAGGUUCAUGAUAAAUUUCCUGUCUCUGUUUUGAUUGUUUGAAAAUUCUCUCUCUCUCUCUCUCUCUCUCUCUCUCUCUCUCUCAUGAUCACUCCUAUAAGCACAUACACAGUCCUAUAAUACCAGAAUUAAUUUGUUCACUGUAAUGUUUAUUAAGCUACCCAGACACAUCUUACUACUUUCUUUUAUAUUAGAAAUAGCCACAGAUGAAUUCUGUGAAUGAUUACAUCUAGAUUCUUGGCAGGAUAAUAAUAUGUAUACCCUCAAAUUAACUUUAAUACACAUUGCUAAUAACAGGACACAGUACGAGUGGAAAUACCAGUGUAGCCUAUUCCAUGUAAACAGGUUUACAAUCAUUUGUAAUUAAGAUGAGUAAUCAGACUUGUUUAAAGUUCGUAAACACACCCAUUUAAAAAGUCAGUAGCAAUUGACUGCAGUCCUAAAUACGGAAAGAUAAUAAAAACAUUUUAACAAAACAAACGCCCUCCAAAGAACCCCCUCCCGGAACCACCUAUUGUGUCCGGUAUUUCUAUACGGAACAUUUCUCAGGUGACACAGGAAGUGACCGUAACUAAUACAUUAAUGUUGGUUACUAUGGAGGCGAAAUGUAAAUAAACAGAAGCGCUGCUUUGCUGAUAACGAUAACAUUGACAGCUUUUGUGUGAUUUUUUUUAAAAAUAAUAAUUAUACGUAAAUAAGAUUUAUCGUUAUAGUUUUAGCAACGCGAUGAAUUAUAAUGAACACGCAUUCAAAGCGAAUAAAUACUUAAAUAAACACGAAAACUCCACUGGCUUGAGUUCAGACCGGAAGCUAGCAAGCUAAGUGUAAUUUUUUUUUUUUUUUUUAAUUUUUAGUUCUUUUAAUUUUCAGUGGACAUGAGGGCUCAGAAACAGCAGGGACACGACGACACCCAAGGACAAUUUCUUACACCCACGAUAAACAGCUACAAGAUGCAUUUAGCAGCGGUGAAAUCUUUACUGCCAGAGAAAGCCAUACCCAGGCCUCUUGACAUACGGUUGCCGAAAGACCUCACAAAAUCCAACGUGGACGUUUCGAGAGCUAAUCCAUCGAGGCAAGAUUGCAGGUUGGCCAUGUAUGGUAGAACCCUCCAUACCCCAGUACUGGCUUUUGUGAAAGAGUUCACGGGGGCGGAGCGCGCUCUAAUGCCCCCUCCAGUGACUGUCAAGAGGGCGAAAGCAAAGCGGGUCAACCACAGCGCAGAGCUCACCUACGCACACAUCAAGGCCCCUGUCGUUUUAAACACAGUCGGUGAUUCAGUGGCACUGAAGGACAGAUCUGCUCCGGGUUUUCCAGCAGCCUUCUACUGUAGGAAUGAUUAUCCUGUCAUCCUGGACAGACUGGAUCUCGACCGUCGUGGCCUGAUGGAAUGCCCGAACCUGGAAGGGGUGAAUAAGCUCCGCUUCCUCAACCUGCAGCACAACCUGAUUUCUCACCUCCCACACCUGGCUCACCUGCGACACCUCGUCUUCCUUGAUCUCUACGACAACCGCUUGAUUGACAUGUCGGCCGUAUCACCUCUCUGCUUCCUUCGUGUGCUCAUGCUCGGCAAGAACAGAAUUCAGAGGAUAUGUGGUCUGGACAGCCUGACAAAUCUUGAUGUGCUGGACUUGCAUGAAAACCAGAUCAGUAGGAUCGAGAAUGUGUCUCACCUAGCAGAGCUCAGAGUGCUGAACUUGGCAGGAAACUGCAUCUCCAGGGUGGAGAACGUGCAGGGCCUGGAAUCUCUGAUCGAACUUGACCUGAGACACAACCACAUCUCCUCUGUAACGGAGGUGGACCGGCUGCCCUGUCUCCAGCGUCUCUUCCUCAGCGCUAACAGCAUCAGCAGUUUUGAUGAGCUGGCCUGUCUGGGAGACUCGUGCUCUCUGAGUGAGCUCACCCUGGAUGGGAACCCUGUAGCUCAGGAGUCAUGCUACAAACAGACUGCACUGCGCUGCAUGCUUCCACUCCGGCUGCUGGACAUGAAGCGCAUCACAGAGGAGGACAGACGCACGGCAAAUCUUUUAGCGCGAAAGGAGGAUGAGAAGAAACGCGAGAGCCACAAACAAGCUGCUCACAAGGAGAAGCGACGGCUGGCCAUCCGUAAUGCAGCGCAGCAGUGGGAGGAGUCCAGGAGCUUUCUUGAGCUUCCAGCACAGAACGGCGCCAAGGAAGAGCUGAGCCCAGAGAACAGCCCCGCCCACAGCCCAGGACAGACCAAUGGGAUCACUCAGGAGCCCUCACCCGAUGACCUCAGACGAGAUAGAGGGAGUCCCCUCACUGUUCCUGAGCGUCCAACAGGGGGCAGUGACAGUAAACUGCGCUCAAGCAGCCGCCCCAACAGCCCCAGAGACCCCAGACUCCAGGAGGCAGGGGGCGCCAGCGUGCAGAGUCUGUCUCUGUCGGAGAGCCACGUGGCCGAGCUGGACGGCGAGACGGUGCGUCUGUUCGGUCCGGGCGCUCUGGAGACUCUAGAGAGAGGCUGGGGUGUGCAGACAGCCAGCACCGUCACUACCAUCACCUUCCGCUAUAUCCAGUUCGACACCAUCGUGCCCCAUCUGCCGCGCAUUCGCCUCAAAUUCCCCAACCUCACGCACCUGAUCUUUAUGGAGACUAAUAUAACCCGGCUGCUGCAGUUAGCAGCUCUAGCGCAGGUAAAGAGGCUGGAGCAGGUGACCAUUGAUCCGGAGGGAAACCCCGUGGUGAGCCUGACGCUGUGGCGAUCCUUCCUCAUCUACAGACUCAACCACCUGAACCUGCAGAGAAUCAAUGGCACGGAGGUGACGAUGAACGAUGUCAUGGCGGCCGAGCGCCUUUUUGGGACUCUGGGUCACGUGGCUUCGACGGAAACACCGCACUCUCGACUGCUUCUACUGCUGGAGGAGUCUAGGAAGAGGCAGCUGCAGUUCUUGCUGGAGGGCAGAGUUCGCAGGUUCGGUUUGAGCCCUGAAGAGCUGAGGGAAAACGGGAAGCUGUUGGGGGAGAGCAUGAGCCGAGCGCUCUUUAACUACCCCAGCAAGGACUCCAGCUCUGACAGUCCAGAGGAGAGCGGCAGUGAGGUGUUGGAGCGCAGCUCCGUGGUGGAUCAGUACCUGCGAGGACUCGUGCACACGGCCUCCAGCACCAGCGUGAAGGGAGAUGCGCUGCACAAGCUCUGGCCCACCAUGUUUGUAGAGAUGGUGAGGGACUGCGUGCUCGAGACAAGGGGCACAGCGGCGUACACACACACCUGCCUCGACACGCUCUCCAGUGCCAAAUGAGAGGGAGGAGAGCGAUGAAAUGGAAAGUGUGUGCAGAGAACUGAAAGGAUGUUUACUCCUCCCAGGAAAAAAACAACAUUCCUGCCAUUUUUUCCCAUUUUCAAACACAGUCUCCUAUGGAGAUUAGUCAAAUGUGGAGAUUUGAACUUGUGUAUGACUCGGAGGGACAGACUGACUCUUCUGUGAGACUCAUUGUGACACAUUUAAGCACUAACUGAUGAGAAAGAGGGAAUGAUCUUUGAAAAAACAUGAUGCCUGUGAUGUUUUAAUGCUUGUUCACUUACACAAGUGUCCCAGAAGAGUAGUAAAAGUAAUACACUAAUGCGUUUUGCUAACGUUGGUCUUCCUAAUGGUGCUGCUAACAUAGACACAAAGAGAAAAAUCCAGUCUGGUUCUUUUUCUGUCCGCUGUCUAACUGCGAAACACUAGAAGAGAUAAGACAAUUUUAUGUUUUAGCAUCAUGCUCUCUUUUUAUGCUGCUGGAUAUGAUCCAAAUGACUUGAACUCUUCUUGCACAGAGGGUUUUGUGCGCUUUUGUUCUGUAUUUUACAGGAUAUUAAAAGAGAAUGAUGAACUCUUGACUGCUCGGCGUCUGAGUAAUGAAAGAAAAGCGCAGUGCGUUUCCAAAAUCAACAGCCACCGCCGGAGACGGCGCACCAGGAGUGGGCUGAAUCUGUCAAGGUGGCACUCAGCCCGUCUGUGUGUUUUCAGGUUGCUUGGCAGGGCAUGAAAAAUGUUUUUCUUUAUCUGUACAAGUUCACAGGAAAGUCUUAGGUGUGUAAUUACCAGGGUGAGGAAUGUGCAGUAGUUAGCUUCUCAUCUGUUUAACAGGAGUGUUUUUGUUUCAGAAUAGACUCUCUACAUAUCCUUUAAUUGCUGUUUGUAUGCUGGUACCUUCAUCUGUAGAUAGAUCGCUUUCAUACACAUAAUUACUGUUUAAAUGGUGGGUAUAGAAAAAAAGCAAGAGGGAAAUAGUUUAUAAUAGUUAGAAAUAGAGGAAUUUAUAGUCAUAUGACUCCAGACCACAUGUGCUCAUGAUUAACAUCCUUCCUGCAUUCAGCAAGUAAAGUCACACACUCGGGCUAGAAUCAGACUUUUUGUAAAUUAUUUUCUUUUAUAUACGAUUCCAUAUGUCCUGAAGACACCGAAGAGAAAUGUCUAGUGGCUUGGG